AUGUCGUCGGAGCCGCCGCCCGCGGGGCCCUCCGAGGCCUCCAGCCCGUCGGCCUCCCCGCCGAAGGAGUCGGAGCCCUCCGGCUCCGCGGCCGCCGCCGCCCCCGCCGCCGCGCCAGGGGCCGCCCACGAGACGAACGCGCUGUGGGUCGGCAACCUGCCCGCGCACGCGGGCGAGGACGACGUCAUGGCGGCCUUCGCCCCGCACGAGGCGCUAGACUGCGCCGUCACGCGCGCCGGCUCCCGCAGCUACGCGUUCGUCCUCUUCCGCUCCGUCGCCGAGUCCCGGGCCGCCCUCGAGGCGCUCCGCGGGUCCAAGGUCAAGGGCGCCUUCAUCCGGGUCGAGUUCGCCCGGCCGGCUAGAGCUGUUAGGAACCUAUGGGUUGGAGGAAUUAGUCCGUCUAUUUCAAAGCAGGAGGUAGAGGAGGAGUUUCAAAAGUUUGGGAAGAUUGAAGGUGUUGCAUUCUCCCAUGAUCAAACUUCUGCAUACAUCGACUUUGAGAAGCUGGAAGAUGCCAUUUCUGCCCAUAGAGCCUUGAAUGGGGCAGAUUUAGGGGGCAAGGAAUUAUGUGUUGAUUUCCAGAGGUCCAGAGGCAGAGCGGAACGGUCGGAAGCAGGCAACUUCAACAGUAGAGGAUCAUUGCCACCCGGUGAAAUUGGAGUUGGACAUGCAAAGGGUUCUGCUGGAGUACGAAUGAGAGAGGCGAAAAAUCCUACCAAUGUUCUCUGGGUGGGUUUACCCAAUACACAUAAAGUUAAUGAGGAGGCACUAAGGCGGGCUAUGGCAGCACAUGGUGUGGUUACAAACAUCAAGGUUUUUCCAGAAAGGCAGUAUGCUUUUGUGGAGUUUGCAACCAUUGAAGGAGCUUCUAAUGCUAAGAAUCUUCUAGAUGGGCGUCUUUUCAAUGAUACAAGGAUUCAUGUUCUUUUCUCCAGCAGUGGGCUUGCACCCAGUAAACUUGAUAGCCUAACACCGCCUGCUGGGUUCCCUAGAUCAGAGAUGUACAAUGAUAGUCCAUAUGCCGCACCUGAUUAUUUUGGUGCUGGUCGCAGUAGUCAUGGCACAUCACAAGGGUAUGAUCCUCGACGUGGAAGAUCAAGAUACUUGGACUAUGGUGCAAUGCCAAUCACUGGUGGUAUCCUUCCAGCACCUGAAGCUGGCUCAUCUUUGUUGACUGGACAUUCUGGUCAUAAUGCGCUUGAUCCGAGAGAAGCCAAAAGGGUGAGGUUGGAUGCUGGCAUGGACCCUUACCAUGUAAGGGCAGGCAGUGAGGGUCUUCAGCCAGUUGCUGAUGAGAGCUUUAGCUCUGUUAUUCGGAUCCAGGGCACGGUACACCAAACGUCAUCCCUUGGGCACUUCUGGCGUGGCAGUAUUGCCAAAGGUGGAUCUCCUGUUUGUCGUGCUCGCUGCUUGCCUAUAAGGAGGGGCAUUGAGAUACCUUUGCCGGACAUUGUUAAUAUCUCCGCUAGAACAGGAUUAGAUAUGCUGGCAAAACACUAUGGAGAUGCUUCGGGUUUUGAAAUUGUCUUCUUCUUACCAGACAGUGAAGAUGAUUUUGUGUCUUACACUGAAUUUCUGCGGUACUUGGGCUCAAAAAAUCGCGCAGGGGUUGUUAAAGUUGAUGCAGGAACCACUUUGUUUUUGGUCCCGCCAUCUGAUUUCCUGACGAAUGUUCUGCAAGUUGAUGGUCCAGAGCGCCUUUAUGGCGUGGUACUGCACAUUCCACAGAUGUCCAAUGCUGCUGUCCAGAGACCUGUACUGACUGGACCAGAGUCACAAGCUUAUUAUGAUGGUGGUGAUACCAUGCUAGCGAUGCAAAGAAAUUACAAUAUGGGCUCUGUUAAUAGCAACCAUCAUCAGGAUGCUGAUUAUCGGGGAUCUUUACGUGAGGAAGCAGUUCAGUCAGGUGUAUCAAGCUUUCCCAUGAGCCAAAUAGCAGGACAGCAAGAACAGUCACUCAAGCCUGAUAUUAUGGCCACAUUAGCUAAACUUAUGCCAAAUGUGCAGUCAACAGUUCCAGCAAAUAGUCAGGUGGGUAAUCUUCAGCAAUCGGGUCAGCAGUUCGGCAGGCAAGCUCCAGCAAGCUAUGGGGGCAUGGUCGGUGCUCAGGAGCAGCACCCAAUACAUACUGCUUACAACCCUGAGGUUACCUUAAGCUUGCCUCCACCACCUCCUCUCCCUACACAAGGACCAGUGUCUGCUCUCCCUACACAGCAGCAGUAUCAACCAGAACACUAUUACGCUCCUCAAAACAAUUACGGUUCCUUAGGAACAGUUAGCCAGUCUAACUUCCAGUCAAGCAAUACCAACCUACCAGUCCCUCCCCCACACCAAAUGAAUGAUGGACCAUUGGCAGCAAAUAACCAGAUGGGGAAUUUGGCACAGCUCCAUCAGUCAACGUCAUUCCCCACUGAUAGGGUAAACUCGGAUUUCUCCUCUCAGGUACAACAGCAACAAAAUGUUGCUUCUGGUUCUGCUCAAGCUACUGAAGAGGCGGAUAAGAACAAGAAGUACCAGGCAACGCUCCAGUUUGCUCACAAUUUACUGCUGCAGCUACAACGUGGAUCUGGAAACCAAUCUUGA